AUGGAAUCUCAAAACCAAGAUGCCGCCCAAAGUUCGAAAUCUGGAGGUACCAAAUGGACUUCACAAGAAGAAAACUUUCUUGUUAUCCAUUCAAUGGAUCCAACAAUAUCCAACGAUUGGCUUUUUAAGAAUAUGCCAGGAAGCAACGGAAGAACAUUAAAUUCGGUUGCCGGCCACUUUGGUGAUAUGCGACUCAAAAAGCGACUGGCUAAGAGUUGGAGAGCAAAGACAUGGGAUCAUAGCACUCCAUGGACCAUCGAAGAGGACGCAGAGAUCCUGCAGUGGCACGUUUCAGGCCGAGCAUGUUUAGAUGCACAGAUAUUUUACGCAAACGACCGUGCUGGCGGAGCAGUACUUGAGCGAGAAGCCUAUCUUUGUGAAGAUACAGAGCUAGUCGAGACGGUUGCGCGAAUUGAGGAGAGGUUGAGGUUGAUUUUGCUCGAGCAUGAUAUGAUCAACGCGGACUCGGACAGAAUGAUAAUGCGACAUGCGGCAAUCGAACUUCGACGAGAGGAGUCGCAUGGCAUCGACGAAAUUUUUACCGCAAUCAAGGACUCAUUGAGGAACCGGGAUGGCUAG